CCCGAGAUACUUCACAAGCGCACAUACACACACAGGCGCAGCUACGUGUGCCAUCUUGCUUUUUCAUCGGAAAAUUUUCCAGAAACUACGCUCGAAAAUUACGAAAAAAUAGCCACCAAAUGGAGUGAAAAUUUUUUUAAAUUUAAGUUUCGUGCAAAUACGUAAAAUAAAGUCGAGUUUGGUCAAAAAAUCUUUGCUAAACGAUCGCUGGAGAAUUUUUUCAAUCAAGCCAAAUGGGUGCGAAGCUGACGACGUAAAAAUUUUGUGUGUACCAACGAAAGAGCGGAGGAAGCGGACGAGGCGAGAGCGCAAAACGGAGAGACCGAGGAAAGACUCGCGCAACAAGAAGAAGCAGCAGCAGCACCGACGAGAGUUUUCUCUCCGUGAGUCUGUGUUUGUGCGUUGGCUUGUGCGCGCGCGUCUGUGUUGGGCGGAAAAAUGAUGGAAAACUACGAAGAAAUUCGCCUGGGCCACAUUAAGGCCAAGGAUCUGGGCGACCAAGUGCCCGAUGCUCCGCAGUUCUAUCCGCCAGCAAAAUUUGAUUUUGGCGCCGAAAUUCUGGCCGCAACGUCGACCGAAGUAGAAGCAGAGGAGGCGACAACAACCGAAAGCAGCGAAUUGGUUGGCAAAGCAAAUUGUGAAAUCAAAACAAAAACAUUGGCUGCCAGGGAAGAACAAGAAAAUGGCGCCAAUUUGGAGCAAGACACCAAAAAUCAGAAAAAGCCGGCGGGCGGUGAUGAAGAGGAGGACGAGGAGGAAGAAGAAGAUGAUGAAGAUGAGGACGACGAUGAGGAGGGAGUCACUGGGACGAGUAACGAGGACGAAGAUUCUAGCUCAGAUUGCUCAUCCUCGGUGGGUCCUGACUGGAAGCUCCGCUGGCUGCAAAGGGAGUUCUACACAGGCCGUGUGCCCCGCCAGGUGAUUGCCAGCAUAAUGCCGCAUUUUGCCACCGGAUUGGCCGCUGACACCGAUGACUCCGUGCUUUGGGACUACCUGGCACACCUGUUGAACGAGCCCAAGCGGCGCAACAAGCUGGCGACGGUAAACACCUUCGACGAUGUCAUCAAUUUGGUCAAAAAGUCGCAGAAGAUCAUUGUCCUUACGGGAGCAGGGGUAUCCGUGUCCUGUGGCAUCCCGGAUUUCCGCUCCACUAACGGGAUAUAUGCACGUUUGGCUCACGAUUUUCCCGAUCUGCCCGAUCCGCAGGCCAUGUUUGAUAUCAACUACUUCAAGCGAGAUCCGCGCCCGUUCUACAAAUUCGCCCGCGAGAUUUAUCCCGAGUUCCAGCCCUCGCCCUGCCAUCGAUUUAUCAAAAUGCUGGAGACCAAGGGAAAGCUGUUGCGAAACUACACGCAGAACAUCGACACCCUGGAGCGGGUGGCAGGCAUCCAGCGGGUGAUCGAGUGCCACGGCUCCUUCUCGACGGCCUCGUGCACUAAAUGCCGGUUCAAAUGCAAUGCCGAUGCCCUGCGAGCGGACAUCUUUGCCCAGCGGAUUCCAGUGUGUCCGCAGUGCCAGCCCAAUAAGGAGCAGAGUGUGGACGCCUCGGUGGCUGUUACCGAGGAGGAACUGCGCCAGCUGGUGGAGAACGGCAUCAUGAAACCGGACAUUGUCUUCUUCGGCGAGGGUCUGCCGGAUGAAUACCACACAGUUAUGGCCACCGACAAGGACGCUUGCGAUCUGCUGAUCGUUAUCGGCUCUUCUUUAAAGGUCCGACCUGUUGCCCACAUUCCCAGCAGCAUCCCGGCCACGGUGCCGCAGAUCCUCAUCAAUCGCGAGCAAUUGCAUCAUCUGAAGUUCGACGUGGAGCUGCUGGGCGACUCCGAUGUUAUAAUCAACCAGAUUUGUCACAGGCUUUCGGGCGACGAUGACUGCUGGCGGCAGCUGUGCUGCGAUGAGUCGGUGCUCGACGAGAGUAAGGAGCUGUUGCCCCACCACCAUCAUCACCAUUAUCAUGUUAGCCAUCACCUUCACCAUCAUCGCCACUGCAGCUCGGAAAGCGAGCGGCAAUCGCAACUAGACACGGAUACACAAUCCCUGAAGUCAAACGGUUCCGCCGACUACAUUCUGGGCUCAGCUGGCACCUGCUCGGAUAGCGGCUUUGAAUCCUCAACAUUUACGAGUGGAAAACGAUCCACUGCCGCUGAGGCGGCAGCUAUCGAACGCAUUAAAACGGACAUACUAGUGGAGCUGAACGAGACUACCGCCCUUAGCUGUGACCGUUUGGCAGCCGGAGGACCGGUCACUACGGUAGAGAGCUAUCGACAUCUUUCCAUAGAUUCCUCCAAGGAUAGCGGCAUCGAGCAGUGCGACAUCGAAGCAACCCCCAGCUAUGUGCGUCCCAGCAAUCUGGUUCAGGAGACCAAAUCAGUAGCGCCCAGUCUGACGCCCAUUCCACAGCAACGAGGAAAGCGACAAACGGCAGCUGAACGCCUGCAGCCUGGAACAUUCUAUUCGCAUACCAACAACUAUUCGUAUGUGUUCCCAGGAGCUCAGGUCUUUUGGGACAACGACUACAGCGAAGACGACGAUGAGGAAGAAGUAAGAGGAAGUACCAGAACUGGUGAUCUCUUCAGCAAUUUGGCGCCAAACUAUGAGGAUGAAGAUGAAGAAGCCUGCGAUUUGAACGCCGUUCCAUUGUCACCAUUGCUCCCGCCCUCGCUGGAGGCACACAUAGUCACCGAGAUAGUAAAUGGAGCCGACGAAGCUUGCUCCAACAACAGUCCCGGCCAGAAAAGACCCGCCUGCAUUACAGAACAACAGCAGCCAGCAGCGAAUCCAGCACCCGCAGUUGAGACCGAAACUCCGCCACUGAAGAAGCGGCGACCUAGCGAGGAAAACGAGCAGUUGAUCCAAAUAGAAAGAUCAGAAGAAAGUCCGCCUCCAGGACAGUAAUCAGCCGUUUAAGCGUAAUUUUAGCCCUGCUAAUAGUGUAGUAUUUAUUUUAAAUGCAAUUUAAACCAACUUGUAAACACACAACAGAAACAAUGUCCAGAGAAGCUCCGAAAUCGAAGCAGAGGGCCAUGUUACCAAUUUCAUUACCAGGAAGUGUAGUGAAAUCAGAAUUGAUACUACCCUUUGUUUAUGCUUGUUUUAAAAGUAAAUAGCUAUCGAUUCCGGUUUCACGAAAUUUCUGAAGAAAUGAAUCCGGAACUAGGACCACUAGUUAACUCAACUCGAGGCUUUAGACAUCUGACCCUCGUUGCUUUACGCCUACCCCAAACGCCCGUUCCGUUUUGAUAUUUUUGAAAAAGCUCUUAGUUUAUUUAUUAUCUCUCUUCAAAACGAAAAGCUGUAAAUGUUAGUAUUUUAUUAUAUUAAGUUGUUAUUGAGGCCUUUUUAGAUAAACGAGAAGAGAUAAGCGGAAAGUUGAAAAAUCCUCUAGAAAGCAGGGUUUCUUUGUAUUCAAAGAGAAGCAGCGCCUCAACUUUAAAUUUAGGUUUAAUCUUAAAAUAUUCAUAACUAUGCGACUACAACCAGAAAAAACAACACCUAGAUAUAGUUAAGAACUAGACACAAACACUCUGUAUAUAAGCACUCGGCCCUAAUUUGUACAUGUACAUGAUCCUUUUUCUACUUUUUAUGUUACUUCUUCCUUUUAAAAAUUCUAUCGGUUAUGGCAACUAUUUUCCAACAUUAAUACACUCGCACCCACAUCAGAUUUGAUCACCAUAUAUAUGUGGUUAUACAGAUAUGAAUACAAGUUCGACAUUUGGUGUGUGUGUUUGAAAUUUUUAAUCAAAAACUAGCAUAAAUAUUAGCCACCAAACGCAGUGUAAACUUAGCAGUAAGAAUUUAGUCUAUAUGUCAUAAAAGUGUAUUAAUAUCCAGAAUAUAAACCAAUCUAAAAAAACAA